CCAGAAAGAAAAAACCAGUCUGUAAAUCAACGAAAUCGCAAUCAUGGUCAUCAAGGUCCACGGCGUUGCGCAGUCAACCUGCACCCAAAGAGUGCUCACCGCUCUUAUCGAAAAGAAUGUCCCCUACGAGCUAGUGAAAAUCGACUUCAUGACCGGGGAACACAAGUCUGAAGCAUUUCUAAAGAUGCAACCCUUUGGAAAAGUCCCCGCUCUUGAAGAAGAUGGCGUUUUUAUCUUCGAAAGUCGAGCCAUUGCCAAAUAUAUCGCCAGAAAGUUUGCUGGUCAGGGAACAAAGCUCAUGCCCGCAGAUGAUGAUUUGAUUGGGUAUGCGCUGUUUGAGCAGGGUUGCUCGUUGGAGAAUGCUUAUUUCGAUAAACCGGCAUCGAGUAUUGCGUACGAGAAGAUGUUCAAGAAGUUCCGAGGUCUUGGAGGGCCCGAUGAGGCAUUGGUGAAGAAAUAUUCCGAUGAUCUUGAUGGAAUUCUUGCCGUCUACGAUGGUAUUUUGGCAAAACAAGCUUACCUUGCUGGUGACAAGGUUUCUCUCGCUGACCUGUUCCAUCUGCCGUAUGGAAACGUGGUGAAGCAGACAGGUGGAGCAGAGCUGUUCGCUAAGCAUCCCAAUGUGGACAGAUGGUUCACUGCACUCGAGAAUCGGGAAAGCUGGGUCAAAAUCGGACAGCUACAGAACUAGAGUACGGGAAAAUGUCUAGAUUAGCCUCCGUCUUGCUUU